AUGGGAGCAUAUCUCUCUGCUAAAGAGAUUGCAUCACAAUUACCUACUAAAAAUUCACAAGCAUCACAAAUGGUGGAUCGCAUCCUACGCCUUCUUGCUAGCUAUUCUGUAGUUACUUGCACCAAUUCUGUUAACAAGCUAGAUGGUGAUAACAACAGCACAAACUGGCUCUAUGGCUUAGCACCCAUUUCCAAAUAUUUUCUGAACAGCGAAGGAAACACGUCGCUCGCUCCUCCAAUGCAUUUGCUACACUGCAAGGCCUUCAUGGAUAGCUGGUAUGGCCUAGAAGAUGCAGUUCUUGAAGGUGGAGUUCCAUUUAACAGGGUCCAUGAAAUGCACGUGUAUGAAUAUACUGCCAAAUUUCCCCAAUUCAAUGAACUCUUCAACAAAGCAAUGAUAAACUUGACUCGUCUUCUUAUGGAAAAUAUCUUAGAUAAGUAUAAAGGCUUCAAGAAUCAAGAAACACACAUCUUCAACAAACUCAGCCAAUGUAAUAAAAACCUACAUUACGCACUUCAGUCUUCUUCUAUCCGGGACCGAAUAUCUCUCACGCAUAAAGUAUAG